GACCCAUCUGUUUAUAAACAAACAGGUUGCAUCCUCACUACUCUCUCUCUCUCUCUCUCUCUCUCUCUCUCGCUUGAUCCAAGAGAAGUUGGGUUCACUGAGAAGGCAUCUCUGCUCCCAACAGCAAGCUAUCUAUUCUCAGAAGGCCAAGAAUUGAAGAAUGGAGAGUAAUGGAGUGGAUCAGGAAAGGCUUCUUGGACUGGAAGCAGCAGAGCAGAGCGGUUUAAAGCAAAGGACCUGGGCGGAAUUAAAACUCAUGUGGAGGAUUGCAUUUCCUUCCAUAUUGGCUAGAGUGACUUCUUUUGGAAUGAUAGUGGUGACACAAAGUUUUAUUGGACAUGUUGGCGAACUCCAGCUUGCUUCUUAUGCACUCGUACAAAGUCUCAUUUUACGAUUCUCAAAUGGGAUACUGUUGGGCAUGUCAAGUGCGACAGAGACUUUAUGUGGCCAAGCAUUUGGAGCCGGACAGCACCACAUGAUGGGCAUUUACUUGCAAAGAUCAUGGAUAGUUGAUGUUGUUACAGCAACAAUUCUUGUCCCUCUCUUCGUCUUCACAACUCCCAUCUUUAGACUAUUUGGGGAGGAAGAAGAGAUAGCAGUAGCAUCUGGACCUAUAGCCUUAUGGAUGAUUUCUAUUCUCUACUCCUUUGUUUUUGCCUUGACUAUCCAGAUGUUCUUACAAGCCCAGCUGAAGAACAUGAUUGUCGGAAUUCUAUCUGCUUCCUCGUUUGCAAUUCAUUUACUCCUGUCGUGGCUAUUCGUGAACAUACUUGACUUGGGUGUUUCUGGUGCCAUGGGGGCUUACUGCAUUUCUAGUUGGUUGAUGGUCUUUGGAGAGUAUGUGUAUGUCUUCGGAGGUUGGUGCCCAAAUACGUGGAAAGGAUUCACGAAAGCUGCCUUCAAUGAUAUAUUACCUGUAAUAAAGCUCUCAAUAUCCUCUGGCGUCAUGCUUUGUUUAGAGCUGUGGUACAAUUCUGUCCUAGUUCUGUUCGCUGGAUAUUUGAAAAAUGCAACGGUGGCGAUCUCAGCUUUCUCCAUCUGCCUCAAUAUCUGUGCAUGGGAAUUUAUGAUAUGCCUCGGAUUCUUAGGUGCUGCAUGUGUGCGCGUAUCGAAUGAGCUCGGGAGAGGAAAUUCUACAGCUGCAAAAUUUGCCAUCAAAGUUAUCCUCUGUACAUCAAUUGGUAUCGGAUUGAUUUUUUUUGUCCUCUGUUUUUGUUUUGGGAAACAAAUUUCAUACAUUUUUACAAGCGAUGAAGAGAUUGCAGAAGAAGUUUCAAGUCUCUCUACUCUACUUGCUUUCUCAAUCUUACUAAAUAGUGUUCAGCCAGUACUUUCAGGUGUGGCUAUAGGUGCUGGUUUUCAAGGCACUGUUGCCCUUAUUAACAUUGGCUCCUACUAUGCUUUUGGCGUACCCGUGGCAUUGUUGCUCGGUUAUGUGGCCGAUCUUUCAGUAAAGGGCUUGUGGAUUGGGUUGUUAUCCGGAGUGCUGUUGCAAACAUUUGUGCUUUCCAUCGUGAUAUGGAGACUGGAUUGGGAUGACCAGGUUAAAAAGGCAUCCGAGCGUCUGAAUAGGUGGUUUCUGACUGAGCCAGAGGAUACCAAUUAGAGCUCCGACAUUCUACAUUUACUUGGAUAUUAUUCUUGCUCUCGGUGAUUACAGCAUAACUUCUAAGACAUGAGUUGAAGAUGCGGCAAAAUGUCGGGAU